GACACGCAGCGUGUGGCUCGAGCCGCCCUCUGAUCGCCUCUCCUCUCUGACACAUGGGCUUCCGCCUCCCGGUAUAAAUACCUUGACGGGACUCCACUUCCACGAGUCCGCGCUUUACACGGAGCUACUGCACACUGGAUUCGCAUAUUGGAAGUUUAUUUUUGAAGGUUGCAAUCCGAUUUUUCGAAGACUUUUUAAAAAGCUUUUCCACGUGCCUUCCACAGUGGUAUGCUGGGUCGUUUAUAUGGACAGCAGAAAAGCCAAAGUAUUUUUCAUGCAAAGGAGAGACUAUUCUUUACCUGAAACCUGAAGGUCGGUUGCUCUAUAAGCGAUCUCCUGAUGCUCCGAGAAUCCUUGGCGUGUCCAACGUCGUCUGCAUUCCCACACAGAGCUCUCCUCAUAACCAUUCGUAAGCGGUAACGGCAAUGAUGGUGGCUGUCCGAAGCGCAGACCGCAUGCCCCCUACCACCGCUGUGAAGGUCUUGGGAGCAGGGACCGCUGCGUGUGUCGCGGACUUGGUCACUUUCCCCCUGGACACGGCAAAAGUCCGGCUCCAGAUCCAGGGGGAAUCAAAGUCCUCCGGGAGCCUGCGCUACAAGGGCGUGUUUGGGACCAUCAGCACCAUGGUGAGGACGGAGGGGGCCCGCAGCCUGUACAGCGGUCUGGUUGCGGGACUCCAGAGACAGAUGAGCUUCGCCUCCGUCCGUAUCGGGCUCUACGACUCCAUGAAGCAAGUCUACACCCGGGGAUCAGACAAUGCGGGCAUCGGCGCGCGGCUGCUGGCCGGCUGCACCACGGGGGGCCUGGCGGUGGCUGUGGCCCAGCCCACCGACGUGGUCAAAGUCCGCUUCCAGGCCCAGGUCCGGCUCCCGGGGGCCGGCGCCGCCGCCCAGCGCUACAGCGGCACCUUCGACGCGUACCGCACCAUCGCGAGGGAGGAGGGGGUGAGGGGGCUCUGGAAAGGAUGUCUGCCCAAUAUCACCCGUAACGCCAUUGUGAACUGCUCGGAGCUGGUGACCUACGACCUUAUCAAAGAGCUCAUCCUCAAGCGCAAACUCAUGACAGACAACAUGCCCUGUCACUUCACGGCCGCCUUCGCCGCCGGUUUCUGCACCACCAUCGUGGCAUCCCCCGUGGACGUGGUCAAGACGCGCUACAUGAACUCCGCCCCGGGCCGGUACAGGGGGGCCACCAACUGCGCCAUCACCAUGCUCAUGAAGGAGGGGCCCCAGGCCUUCUAUAAGGGGUUUGUUCCCUCCUUCCUGCGUCUGGGCUCCUGGAACAUCGUGAUGUUUGUGAGCUACGAGCAGAUCAAGAGAGGCAUGAUGAAGGCCCACCAGUCCUGGCAGUCGCCUGUCUAGUCUGCGCUCUCCCGUCUGCCUUAUUGACACACUAUACAGUGUGUCAGAAGCAUCCACCGCCCACCCUCUGCAACGCAGCACUCGCUCCCCCCC